UGAUUAACAUUACAAGCCUGUGAAGUGACGCAUGUUACAUUUCCAGAUUAAUGUUAUAAUCAACCCAAACAGCAGAGAUGGAGUCCCAUGCAUGUAAAGAAUAAUGAUGCUACACUGCGCGUCAGACUGCUGCACGGGUGUUUCUAAUACAGCAGUGAUGAUCUGCUGUAAUACAUGUGCUUGGGCCACUUGCCGAUAACCUUGACGACCUCAGUAAAGACCCCAGUCUGGCAGUAUGACCUCUCCUUAUGCAGCAGUACAAUUCUGCCCAGAGCGAGCCUUUCAACGAUUGAGAGAACCUGCAGCAGCGUGUCUCUCAUGGGCUGAAGGUUCUUUCCUGACCUCCAUGUCACAGGGCCAGGGCUCUCAGGGUACAGAUAUCCUCGGACAAGACGUCCUCAACCAGCUACUGGAGAUGCUGGACCAGUCUGCACUACAUUCAAUGCAGCCUAUCGAGCUGAACUUCUCUGAGGGCUCUGCGGUCGGAUCCGCAUCCAAUACCAUACAGAUUAGCAUGGACUGCAUCACGAUGCAUGGGCCUGAGGAGCCCCUUACACUGCAGGGCAAUAAUUUAGUGCAGCACCUGCCGCUCUGA